GUCACUCCUGGCUCAGACAGCCCCGGUGUAGCGUGAGUCCUCCCGUGGGGUUUUGCCAUAGAGCGUCUCCGCGGGUAAUAUCGACUGUUACUUCGAAUUAACGUCAGUAGGAAAAUACAAGGGCUUUCUCUUCUCCCUCCCGUGCAUCCCUCGCUGGGCCGGCGUGAUGGCGGAAGCUGCGGCGGGCGCCAGCGGAGAGGCGAUGGUGGCGGCGGAAGGUUCCCGGAGCCCGGCGGGCUUGUCUUCGGGCCGCGUCUUCUCUAACUACCGACCCUUCGAGCCCCAGACCUUGGGGCUGAGCCCGAGCUGGCGGCUGACGGGCUUCUCCGGUAUGAAGGGCUGAGGCUGCAAAGUCCCCCAGGAGACGCUGCUCAAGCUCCUGGAGGGACUGACGCCGUCCCCGCUCACCCCAGGCCUGGUCGCGGGCCAGGAGGAGGAGGAGGCGGCCCAGGAAGGUGGCCUGCCAGUCGGGGCAGGCCCUGGCUCCACCUUCCCGUCCCUGAGCAUUGGGAUGGACUCCUGCGUCAUACCCCUGAGGCACGGGGGCCUGUCACUAGUGCAGACCACUGACUUCUUUUAUCCUUUGGUGGAAGACCCCUACAUGAUGGGGCGCAUAGCUUGUGCCAAUGUGCUCAGUGACCUGUACGCCAUGGGCAUUACAGAAUGUGACAACAUGUUAAUGCUGCUCAGUGUUAGCCAGAGUAUGAGUGACGAGGAACGCGAGAAGGUCACUCCACUCAUGAUUAAAGGCUUUCGUGAUGCUGCUGAGGAAGGAGGGACGGCAGUGACAGGUGGACAGACAGUGGUCAACCCUUGGAUUAUCAUUGGGGGAGUCGCCACUGUGGUGUGUCAGCCAAAUGAAUUCAUAAUGCCUGACAGUGCGGUGGUAGGAGAUGUGCUGGUAUUAACCAAACCCUUAGGAACUCAGGUUGCUGUCAAUGCCCACCAAUGGCUAGACAAUCCUGAGAGAUGGAACAAGAUCAAGAUGGUAGUCUCUAGAGAAGAGGUAGAGCUGGCCUAUCAGGAAGCCAUGUUCAAUAUGGCUACUCUAAACCGAACUGCUGCGGGACUGAUGCACACCUUCAAUGCCCACGCAGCCACGGACAUCACAGGCUUCGGCAUUCUAGGACAUUCUCAGAACCUUGCAAAGCAACAGAGGAACGAAGUGUCCUUUGUCAUUCAUAACCUGCCAAUCAUUGCUAAGAUGGCUGCGGUAAGCAAGGCCAGUGGGCGCUUUGGGCUCCUCCAAGGAACAUCAGCUGAAACCUCUGGGGGAUUGCUGAUUUGUCUGCCAAGAGAACAGGCAGCGCGCUUUUGUUCUGAAAUCAAAUCUUCCAAGUAUGGAGAAGGUCACCAAGCAUGGAUCGUGGGCAUCGUGGAGAAGGGAAAUCGCACAGCUCGGAUCAUUGACAAGCCUCGCGUUAUUGAAGUUCUACCUCGAGGAACCACUGCUUCCAGUCUCGCUCCGGAGAAUUCCAGCGCCUCCUGUGAGCCCAGUUCAUGAAGUAGAAUAGCAGUUGUGGGGAGCUUAGAACCUUUGAACACAAUCACGGAAGGUUCUCAAGAGCUGAUGUCAAGAAGCUUCCAAAGGCUGCCUGCAUAGUGGUUCUGGCUGUCCUUUGUAGGUGAUUGGAAUCUGUCAAAAGCUGCUGCCUAUGUGUACAUUCCAGGGCCAGAAGUAACGUUUUGAACUUUGUGGGGAUGUCUGUUCAUCUGUCGGGUAGAUGAGCAGAAAACCUAUUUGCUCUUUCCAAAGCAAGAUGAGGUUUUCCAGUUUGAAGGGUUUUUCUUUGCACUGAGUUGAUUUAUGCACAGAGUGAGAUUAUUAAGAUUUCAUCAAAACUAAAUUGCAACAUGAGAAACAUUAGAAGCCAAUGAGUUUAAACUGAUACUGUUAAGUCUAAAUUGUUGAGAGAGAGCUUAUGAUGGAAUGUCAAAUUCAUUAUUAAUUUUUUUUUUUUUUUGUCUGAGAAAAGUGACUCUUUCCUGCUCUGGACAAGAGUUGAGCAACUUGUCCAGUGAUAGGAAAGGAGGACUUGUAACCAUCUAUCUUGGCCUCUGUUAAUGAUGUCUUUCCUUAAACCCCGUUGAGGACUGGGGAAGGCAGAGCAAGCCUUAGAGUCCAGGUCUUGGUGGUCAUUAAGAUGUUAAAUCUUGUGCUGAAAAUUAUUGGUGAAUUAAUAAAGAAAAUUCUUAUAGUUAAGUAAAUAAAAGGGAAUUUGUUGGAAAA